AUGUCUUCUUCUUCAUCGUCAUCAAAGUCGAAACCCCAAUGGAUAUACGACGUUUUCAUCAAUUUCAGGGGAGAAGACACUCGAAAGAGUUUCGUUUCACAUCUCUAUUCUGCGCUUGCAAAUGCUGGAAUCAACACUUUCCUGGAUGAUGAGAAGCUUCCUAAGGGAAAUGAGCUUAAAUUUGAACUAUUCCGAGCAAUAGAAGGGUCUCAGAUAUCCAUUGUCGUUUUCUCCCAAAAUUAUAUUCAAUCUAGUUGGUGUCUUGAUGAACUUGUCAAAAUCGUGAAUUGCCGUGCACUUAGAGGUCAAGUCAUUUUGCCCGUAUUUUACGAUAUCAUCCCGUCGUUUUUACGUGAUAGCACUUAUAUUUCUUUUAAGAGUUUUUACACUCAAGAUAUUGGAGACCAUCGGGAAGAACUAUGGAAGAAAGCGCUGAACCAAGUUGCAAAUUUGGGUGGUUGGGAUGUGAGAAAUUGCAUAAAUGAUAACCGUGUUGUGAAGGAAAUUGUUGAUGCGGUUUUGAAAAGACUAGACAGAACAUACUUGUCUAUUACAGACUUUCCAGUUGGAUUAGAAUCUCGGGUUCAACAUGUGAUUGACUUUCUAAGAAAGAAAAAGAAAGGAGCUUGUGUAUUUGGGAUUUGGGGAAUGGGAGGGAUUGGCAAAACAACCAUAGCCAAAUCCAUUUUCAACGAAAUGAGGCAUGAAUUCAAUGAUAAAAGUUUCAUUGAAAAUAUUAGAGAAGUUUGGGAAAAAGAGUGGGGCCAGAUUGAUUUACAAGCACAGCUUCUUUCAGAUAUCCUUAAAACAAGAAAGAUGAAGGUGCAUAGCAUUGAUUGGGGAAAAGCUAUGAUCAAGGAAACGCUUUGCACAAAAAAAGUACUUGUUGUACUUGAUGAUGUGAAUAAGUUUGAACAAUUAGAUGCACUAUGUGGAAAUCGUAAUGUGGUGGGUCCAGAAAGUGUAAUAAUCAUUACAACCAGAGAUGUACGUCUACUCAAUGUCCUUGAAGUUGACUAUGUAUAUGGAGUGGAGGAAAUGAAUGGAAGCGAGUCCCUUGAGCUUUUCAGUUGGCAUGCUUUCAGGGAAGCGAAUCCAAUAAAAGGCUUCCUUGCUCUCUCAGAACAAGUAAUUGCCUACUGUGGAGGACUACCACUAGCUCUUGAAGUUCUUGGAUCUUACUUGUACAAAAGGAAAGAAGAAGAGUGGCAAAGUGUAUUAUCAAAACUAAAAAGGAUACCCAAUGAUAGAAUACAAGAGAAAUUAAAAAUAAGCUUUGAUGGUUUAACGGAUUAUAUGGAGAAGGACAUAUUUCUUGACAUAUGCUGCUUCUUUAUCGGCAAGGACAGAGCCUAUGUUACAGAGAUACUAAAUGGUUGUGGACUUCAUGCUGAUAUUGGAAUAACCGUCUUAGUAGAAAGGAGUCUCAUAAAAGUUGUAAAGAACAACAAACUAGCAAUUCAUGAUUUGGUACGAGACAUGGGAAGAGAAAUUAUUCGUCAAAGUUCACCAGUAGAACCAGAGAAGCGCAGUCGAUUAUGGUUUCAUGAUGAUGUCUAUGAUGUAUUGACAGAACACACCGUAGGACUUUCUCUUCUUCCUAUUUUAGAGCUUCUGAUCAUCCUCGAUGUCUUAGCCAUUGAGGGAUUGGCUUUGAAGUUUCAAAUAACUAGCAGAGGUUGCUUCACUACCAACACAUUUGAGGACAUGAAGAGGUUAAGACUUUUGCUACUUGAUCGUGUCCAGCUUGUUGGAGAUUAUGGGCAUCUUCCCAAACACAUGAGAUGGGUCUAUUGGCAUGGAUUUUCACUAAAAUACCUACCUGACAACUUUUAUCAGGGAAAUGUAGUUGCAAUUGACAUAAGACACAGUUAUCUUAAACUAGUAUGGAAGGAGCCCCAGUUGUUGGAGAGGCUAAAAUUUCUUAAUCUUAGUCAUUCCAUGAAUUUAUCAAAGACCCCUGAUUUUUCAAAACUUCCGAAUCUUGAGAAGCUCAUCCUCAAAAAUUGUCCAAGCUUGUAUGAGGUACACCAAUCCAUUGGAGAUCUAAGUAAUCUUUCUCUCUUAAAUUUGAAGGGUUGUACAUGCCUUGGGAAUCUCCCAAUUAUUAUCUACAAGUUGAAGUCUUUAAAAACACUUAUCCUUUCUGGUUGUUCAAAGAUUGACAAGUUAGAAGAAGACAUAGAGCAAAUGGAAUCCUUAACAACUCUAAUUGCAGAUAAUACUAGUCUGAAACAAGUGCCCUUUUCUAUAGUGAGAUCCAAAAGGAUCGGAUACAUAUCCCUUUGUGGAUAUGAAGGAUUAGCACGCAAUGUCUUUCCUACCCUCAUAUGGUCGUGGAUGUCGCCAACAACAAAUUUUGUACCCAGUAUUCAACCUUUUGGGAGCAUGUCAACAUCUGUAGUCUCUAUGGAUAUUAAGGAAAAUAAUUUGGGUAAGCUAUUAUCAAAGCUUAGUGAAUUUUCAAAACUUAGAAGUAUUUGUGUGCAAUGCGACUCAGAUUUUCAACUAACUCAAGAAUUAAGAAGAAUUCUGGAUGAUUUAUGCAACACAAAUUUUGCUAAAUUGGGUUCAACGAUUGCAUCACAAACUUCAGAAAAUCCUAUGGUAUUUGAUUUGAUUGGAAUGGGAAGCUACCACCAAGUCAUCGAUAUGCUUAGCAAGAGCAUAUCAGAGGUUCUCUCUCUCUCUCUCUCUCUCUCUCUGCUUUUUCUCUUUUGUUUCAUGAUACAGGGCUUGAGAACUCAAAGUUUGAGUGAUGUUUUCCUUCCAUGUGAUAAUUAUCCUUAUUGGUUGGGGUAUAUAGGGGAAGGAAAUUCAAUACCUUUUCAAGUUCCACAUGAUAGUGAUUGUCGCAUGAAGGGAAUUACUUUGUGUGUUGUUUACCCAUCAACCCUUGAAAUCAUGGCAACUGAAAGUCUUACUAGUGUCUUCAUCAUUAAUUACACAAAGUGUACCAUUCAGAUAUACAAGCAAGCAACAACAAUAUCCUUUAAUGAUGAAGAUUGGCAGGGCGUAAUAUCAAAUCUAGGACCUGGUGACAAUGUGGAGAUUUUUGUAGCUUCUGGACAUGGAAGUACUGUCAAGAAAACAGCUAUCUAUCUAAUAUAUGGUCAGUCAUUUACAAUGAAAAUGGAGCCAUCAAUCAAUGUGGAAAUUGAGCCAUCACCUAAAGUGAGUGCGCAAUCAUCACCUAAUGUAAUAAUGGAGCCACCCGUUACCGUCCAAAUGGAGCCAUCAAAGAAGCCAAAGAAAAAUAUCUCUACAAUACUUAAAAAGAAAAUGGGAGUAUGUUUGUUGUCUUCUUCAUCUAACUCUCAGUGGAUCCACGACGUGUUCCUCAAUUUCCGAGGAGAAGACACGCGCAGGAACUUCGUUUCUCAUCUCUACGCGGCGCUGUGUAACGCCGGAGUCAACACUUUCCUCGACGACGAGACGAUCGAAAGAGGAACGCAGUUGGUUUCAGAAAUAUGGCGAGCAAUAGAAGGUUCUAGAAUAUGCAUUGUCGUUUUCUCCAAAACGUACGCGCAGUCUAGUUGGUGUCUUCAAGAAAUGGUGAAGAUCAUGGACUGUCACCGAAGAUUGGAUCAGGUGGUUCUGCCCGUGUUUUAUGACGUUGACCCCUCGCACGUGCGUCGUCACGGAGGUCCCUUUGGAGAAGCGUUGGAGGAACACGCGACACGAUACCCGAGAGUGUCUCACUUCGUCGAGCUUUGCAGGAGAGCGUUUUCUGAAGCUGGGAAUUUGGCUGGUUGGGAUGUUAGGAAAUGCAAGAAUGAGAACAAGGUAGUGAAUCAAAUUGUUAAUGCUGUCUUGGAAAAACUAGACAUUUCAAACUUGCCUAUAACAGACUAUCCAGUUGGAUUGGAAUCACGUGUGCAAGAUGUGAUUCAAUUUUUAGAAACAAGAUCAACAAGUGUUUGUGUUGUAGGCAUCUGGGGAAUGGGAGGUAUUGGUAAAACAACUAUUGCCAAAGCCAUCUACAAUAAAAUUCAUCGCAAUUUCACUGACAAAAGUUUCCUUAAAAAUAUUAGAGAAGUCUGGGAGAAAGAUAGGGGACAAACUGAUUUACAAGAACAACUUCUCUCAGAUGUCCUUAAAAUGAGAAAGAUAAAGGUGCAAGGCAUUGGAAGGGGGAAAGCUAUGAUUAGGGAAAUGCUUAGCAGCAAAAGGGCACUUCUUGUUCUUGAUGAUGUGAAUAAUCCAGGAAGUGUAAUAAUUGUUACAACAAGAGAUGUACGUCUACUCAGUGUCCUUAAAGUUGACUAUUUCCAUGAAAUGAAGGAAAUGGAUGAAAAUGAGUCCCUUGAGCUUUUCAGUUGGCAUGCUUUUAGGGAAGCAAGUCCAAUAGAAGACUUCAUUAAUCUCUCAAGAAGUGUUAUUGCUUAUUGUGGAGGAUUACCCCUGGCUCUUGAAGUCAUUGGAUCUUAUUUGUAUGAAAGGACGAAGAAAGAGUGGAAAAGUGUGUUGGAAAAAUUAAAGAAAAUUCCCGAUGAUCAAAUACAAGAGAAGCUAAAAAUAAGCUUUGAUGGUUUACAGAAUCAUACAGAGAAGGAGAUAUUUCUUGACAUUUGUUGUUUCUUCAUUGGCAAGGACAGAGUCUAUGUUACACAAAUACUAAAUGGUUGUGGGCUUCAUGCUGAAAUUGGAAUCACAAUCUUGAUAGAGCGAAGCCUAAUAAAAGUGGAAAAGAAUAACAAACUUGGAAUGCAUGCUUUGCUUCGAGACAUGGGAAGAGAAAUUAUUCGUGAAAGUUCACCUGAGAAGCCUGAGAAGCGUAGCCGACUGUGGGAUCAUGAGGAUAUAGUUGAUGUAUUGCGAGAAAAUACUGGAACAGAGGAUAUUAAGGGAUUGGCUUUGAAGUUGAAAGGAAAUAGUAGAGUUUGCUUUGAAACCCAUGCUUUUAAGGAAAUGAAGAGAUUGAGAUUGUUACAACUUGAUCACGUUCAACUCACGGGAGAUUAUGGAUAUAUUUCUAGACAGCUCAGAUGGAUCAAUUGGCAAGGUUUUACUUCAAAGUACAUACCCAAAAGCUUUUAUCAGCAAAAUCUUGUUGUUUUUGAGUUAAAGCGAAAUACUCUCAAAAUAGUUUGGAAUCAUUCCAGGUACAUUACAAACACUCCUGACUUUUCAAAGCUACCAAAUCUCGAAAGGCUUAUUAUCAAGGAUUGUCCAAGUUUACAUAAGGUAGAUGAGUCCAUUGGAGAUCUCCGCAGUUUAGUUCUGAUAAAUUUGAAGGACUGUACAAGCCUUAAUAAUCUUCCAAGAGUGAUCUAUAAGUUGAAAUCUUUGAAAACUCUCAUCCUUUCUGGUUGUUCAAAAAUUGACAAGUUGGAAGAAGAUAUAGGACAGAUGGAAUCCUUGACAACACUAAUAGCAGAAAAUACUGCUGUUAAAAAAGUUCCUUUUUCAAUAGUGAGAUCCAAAAGCAUUGGAUACAUAUGUUUAUGUGGAUUUGAAGACUAGCACGUGAUGUAUUUCCAUAUCUCAUUUGGUCUUGGAUUUUCUAUUGAUGUGCAAAAUUAUAAUUUAGGUGAAAUAUCACCAGUACUAAGUGAUCUUUCAAAACUUAGAACUGUUAGGGUGCAAUGCCGCUCAGAGUCUCAACUAACUCAAGAAUUAAGAAGAAUUAUGGAUGGCAUAUAUGAUGUAAGUUUCACUGAACUGGAGACCACGUCAGAUGUGUCAACAUCAGAUACCUCAGAGUCAGAGCAUUCCUUGAGAUCUGUUUUGAUUGGAAUGGGAAGUUACCUCCAAGUCCUCAAUACUCUUAGUGAGAGUAUAUCACAGGUUCCUUCUUCUUUCCUUACCUUUAUUAUGCAUCUUUACAAUUAA